AUGUGUUUGCCAGGGUUCGGGUGCGGAGCAGGCUGGCGAGGGUGGAAUAGUGAGACAGGCGGGGCAGAGCUGGGCAGUCAACAGUGGGCGCACUGUCGGGGCCAAUGCAGCUGCAGGGUGGUCGCCGCCUGGAAUGGAGCAGCAGCUGCAGCCAUGGUGGUAGCAGCAAGGGUGCAGCAGAGGCAGAGUACGGGGGAGCGUGAGCAAAGGCAGGGUGUGUUGCGGGGACUGAGCGGCGGUGGAGAGGCAUGGGAGGAAGCGGCGGAGGUGGAUUCACGGCUGACGCAGUCGCUGUUGGGGAAGGUGGAUUCCGCGCCCCUGUCCCUGUCCCUGUCCGUUCCCCCGCACCAACGGGCGGCCGGCGCAGUGGAGCGGCAGGGUGAAGGAAGGGUAGGAAGAGAGAAGAGCGAUAGCCAGGUAACGUGGGAGGGGGUAGCAGGGGUGUUGGGCGAGGGGAACACGCAUAGUGGCGGCGGCUGUGGUGGCGCAGAUGGUGGCAGGGGUUGUGUCCAGCACGUUGCUUCAGAGCGGCCGCCCUCCCCCUUGCUCCUUGGGUAUGUUUCGGUAUGCGUGCCCGCAGUGACUGUCCCCCAUGACAUGCCAUCCGACACCACUUGUCUGCUUCUCACAUUCGUCCCACCGGCUCCUCGCCUCUCUUCUUUCUCCCUCCACUGCCCGUGCCAGGCCCUUCGCCCCAGCCCCUCCUCUGCACGCCUCACCCGCAAAAGCAGCACCAGCUCCUCUGCUGAACAGCCCCGAAGGGACGACUUGGGGGCAGCAUGGGCGGGAGCAGAGGCGGAAAUACAGGCGGGAGCGCAGGUGGGAGCAUGGGAAGGGGUGGGGGGGGAAAGGGGGGUUUGGGGGACCUUGGGUCAGAACAUGGGGGGGAGCAUGAGCGGCAAUUUGAUUGAUUCGAACAUGAGCGGAGAAGGUGGGAAAGCAGGGGCGGAGAGACAGGGUCAGGCAUGGAGGGAGUGCGGCGGCCAGCAACAGGAUCAGGCAGCACAAGCAGCACUGGCAGCAUUGGCGGGAGGAGCGCGAGCAUGGAUAUGGCGCACUGCUGCUGGCAGCUGA